CUGUUAUUUUAAUUGGAUCAUUCUUUACCCUGCUUAAUAAAUGUUAAUUUCUGUGGCUGUAAGUAAAGAAUGUAGUUGCACAACUAAUGUCAGCUUGUCUUGUUACAGGUCUUUGUCCAUCCCAACACCUCUUCAUUCUUCGGAUCUUUUAAAAUCAAUCAAACCAAAGGCACUUUUCAGUGCCAUUUUCCUGAUUCUUUCUCUUGUAUACUCUUAUUUGUCUGGCUUUUGCUUCUUCCCACGCUUUGUUUGUCAAGCCUCUCGUCUUCUGUCCUUUUUUCUUUGCUCCUCCUCUUCUGUCCUUUUGUCUUUGCAUUUACUUUUAUCCUUUUCUUCUCGUAUUUUAUUUUCUCAAAUUAAUAUGUCUGAGGCUCACAAAGAAUUUAUGGAGUGGCUGGAGAUAGGGAAAUCCCAGGCAGAUGAGUUGGAAGCUAAAAAGGUUACAUUUUCUUACAUUAUCUCUCUAUUAUGACAUUUUCAUAUAAUUAUUAGGAAACACUUUUGCAUAGCCCUGAAAAGGAUUUGUAUGCCCCAGUAUGGGCAAAUUCAUCCUCUUAGUUCUCUAUUUUCAGCCUCCACAGAAGAGGAAGCAGAAGGGGACAGUAGGCUCCAAUGUUUCCUGGAGGAAGAGGGAUAUGGAGGGGCAGAUGUUUCCCAAGCAUGUCAGGAAAAGUCGAUUACGGUUAUAAUGUUUCACAAGUUUUAAUUCUAUUGACAGAUAGUAAUGUUUUCUACAUAAUUAUAUUUUAUGUCUGCAGUGAAAGCCUCUAGCACAAAGGAGUUGCAAGAGUUGGAGCAGUGGCAGCCAGAUGAAAUUCUGCAGGAAGUCCCAAGUCUUGAUCAACAUCUCCAGAAAUUGAAGACACUUCUUAGUACUGUCAUUGCCCCAGCAUCGGCAGAAGUGGAGGAGGCCUCCACCAUUUCAGCGUGGACCAGGAGGCAGGUUCUGUCGGGACAGAAAUUUAGGGCUGCACUUCCAGACCUGGUCAAUUCCACCCUGGCUGCAGAAAUGGUGACCAGGAACAUAUGUGACCACUGCAGCAGCAGGGAUGCAGUGAUCAGAUGCCUGGACUGUGUUCCCUGUGGAACUUCAUUCGUUUGUGGAACGUGUGAUGAAGUGGUGCACAAGAGGCAGGUGUUCCACAACAGGGAAGCCACGUUCGAGGGUUUUUACAAACCCAUUGCACCCACCACCAUAGUGGUGCUGGAUGAGCAUGGCCAGUAUCAACUUGGUGAACAAGUGUGCCUUCUGCCAAUCCCACCCCCAAAACAAAUUUGCUCCUGCGGUCCAAGCACAAACGUGACCAUCACCCCAGGAAAGCAGACUGUUGUGGUGACCAUCAAUGGAACAUACAACCUGUGCCUGCCUGCUGCUUCCUGUCGCGUUUGUUCAGGCAAAUGGACCCCAGGCACAAAUGACUUGCUGAGAUACAGAUACUGGCCUGCAACCUCCAGCUGCCAAAUGAUGUUUACAUUUGAUGUGUUGACAUCAUUUCAGCAGAUGAAGCUGGCCAGUCCAGCGCUAUCCCAGCAAGCAUUCCUGAAAAUGCUGGAGCACAGAUCCCUUUCAACAGGACGGAUUGGUGGCAUUUGCGACACGUUCCACCGGGCAUGUCGAGAAUUCUCUUUCUGUCAAUUUAAAAAAGAUGAUCUGUGCCAGGGGGAACCAUUCAAGUGCCCAGCAUGCACGCCAGACAUGCUGGCUAUUUCAGUAGAUGGUAACCGCAAGCAUUACCGCUACAACAAGUCAAAAGGGCCAGUUUACUGA